UCUAGCAUCCUGAAGACAACUAUUGGGCAGAGAAGGAUACCAAAAUGGAGGGAGUGGUGCAAUGCUCAGCCAACUAUGUGCCUCUCUCUCCUAUAAGCUUCUUAGAGCGAGCUGCUUUUGUCUAUGGUGAUCAAGUCUCCAUUGUUCAUGGCAAUACAACCUACUCAUGGAGACAGACUCAUCAAAGGUGUAUCAAACUCGCCUCUGCUCUCUCUCAGUUGGGUAUCUCCCGCGGCGGCGUUGUUGCAGCUUUGGCGCCAAACAUUCCAGAGCUGUAUGAGUUGUACUUUGGUGUACCAAUGGCUGGUGCAGUCAUUUCAGCACUCAAUACAAGGCUUGAUGCCCCCAUGAUAGGAUCAUUAUUAGAAGAGUUGGAAGCAAAAAUCAUAUGUAUCGACUAUCAAUUUCUUGAACUUGUCCUCAAAGCACUAGACUUUCUCUCCCUAUCCAAUUCCAAAGCCAAACCACCAUUAAUUAUUGUCAUACCAGAGUGCAAUCACACAACAGACCUCCCACCAAGUAGCUUGGAUUACAAUAGGCUACUCGAAAUGGGACAAAAUGAUUUUGAGAUUCUUCAUCCAAUCGACGAGUGUCAACCAAUCUCGGUAAAUUACACUUCUGGCUCAACCGGGAAGCCUAAAGGCGUGGUGUAUAGCCACAGAGCGGUUUAUCUCAAUUCACUAGCUGAAAUUUUUCGCAGCGACAUGAGAGCAAUGCCCGUGUUUCUAUGGACAGUGGACAUGUUUCGCUGCAGCGGGUGGUGCUUUACUUGGGCAGUGGCGGCUUUGGGUGGCACCAACAUUUGCAUCAGAAAUGUCACAUCAAAAGUCAUCUUUGACGCGAUACGCCUUCACAGGGUGACACAUAUAUGCGGUGCACCCACCAUCUUGAACAUGAUUGCGGAAGCAGGGUCCAGUGACCAACAACCACUUCCUUCCAAAGUGGAUGUCAUAAUCGCUGGAGCAUUGCCACCUCUUCAAACUCUGAACAAAGUUAGGGAAUUGGGAUUUAAUGUUUCUCAUGCUUUUGGAAUGACAGAAGCCCUUGGUCCAGUGAUAUCAGUACCCUUAGACAAUGACCAUGGAAUGAUAAAACGCCGUGAAGGGAUUCACAACCUUAUGAUGGAAGGUGUCGAUGUAAAGGAUCCGAAGACGAUGAUAAGUGUGCCACCAGAUGGGAAAACCAUUGGGGAGGUGAUGUUUAGAAGCAAUACUAUGAUGUUGGGGUACCUUAAAAAUGUUCAAGCGAGUCAACAAGCUUUCAGAAGCGGGUGGUAUAGGACCAGGGACAUCGGAGUCAGGCAUCCUGAUGGGUAUAUACAGAUGAAGGACCGUGUCGUAGACGCAAUAUUAACUUCUGGAGGGGAGAGUGUGAGCACACUUGAGGUUGAAGCAGUGGUGGCUAGUCAUCCCGUGGUGCUGGAGGCUGCUGUUGUUGGAAUGCCUAGUGAUUGUUUGGGGGAAAUGCCUUGUGCUUUUGUAAGGUUGAAGGAAGGAUUCAGUACAAGUGAGAAAGAGAUUGUUGAGUUUUGUGGGGAUAGAUUGCCACACUAUAUGGUACCACAGAGUGUUAUUUUUGGGGAUUUGCCAAUCAAUUCAACUGGGAAGGUACAGAAAUUUGUUCUCAGAGAGAAAGCUAAAGCCAUGGGCAGCCUUUCUCACUCGAAUGGGCAUUGAACACUGAAAUAUAUGGCAUGAAUCAUCUGGUUCCACUUUUGUACCAUGUUUCAUUUUAUAUGUUCUAAUCAUUGAUCUUGGUGAUGUAGUAAUAUAAGAUUGGUUACGUCAAAAGAUGAUACAGAGAAUAAGACAGAUGAUUUGUAGACUGUACCUGAAAUAUAUUAUAUUUGAAAAGAUUUUAUCUUUCCAAGACUGUGUGAAUAAAGUAAUGGUUUUAAUUAUGUGUCAAA